AUGAAGUUCUCCAUCUUCGCUACUCUCGCCUUCCUCGGCAUUGCUCUUGCCUCUCCCGCCGCUAACACCGCUACUACUACUCUUCCCUCCGGCGCAACCUGCAACAAGGACGGAAGCAUGGGCAACUGUGCCAGUGGACUUUGCAUUCAAGAGGAGAACGCCAGCACUGGAACUUGCCAGUAA